AUGACAUAUUUCUACGGGGCGGAGAGAGUAACUAUUAUGAACAAAUUUCAGAUUGUACGAUACUUGGUGGGAAUCGAAGUCCUAAAGCAGGAAACAAGAAACGGGAUGGGCAAAACUGCUGUCCAAAUCUUGAACGAGAGCCCUCCAAACACCUACGAGUACUCACACAUGAAAUGUAUGUUAACAGAAGAGGAGAAGUUUUCAUUUUUCGAAGCCAUCCCCGAGAUGAGCAGCAACAUAAUGGUGGUGGCAGUCCUGAUCGCCACGAUGGCCUUCCAAGCAAUGAUCAGCCCCCCGGGCGGAGUGUGGGCUGAAGACGAUGCCAACUCCUCUCGCAAAGCCGGGGAGGCUGUGAUGGCAUUCUACCAUCCCAAGUUGUACCGUAGCAUUGUACGCACCAACUUGAUGGCCUUCUUGUGUUCCCUCCUCACGAUCACGAUGUUCCUUUUCCACGCCGUUGUCCAGCCCCAUUACCUGCACGUCAUGGUGUCCAUGUUCGGCAUGGGUGGGGCGCUGAUAGCUAUCUUUGUCACCUUUACAGUGUCGCUGACCACGAUCUCUCCGGAUGAGGUUAUGCGAUCCACGGGAAACAAGAUUAUGGGGGUUGCGAUGUUCGGAUUAUUAGCGUUAUGGGUGUGUUUUCUUGUUGUGAGGCGUUUGUAUCUGUUCUGGCUCAAGAAGAAGAGCCGGCAGCAAGAUCUUACUGUUGAUGCUUUCCCACUGCGUGUUUUCUAUUGGAUUUUCGACAAGUUGGAGACGCGGGGGUAUUUGAGAGCCGCUGGUCGAUUCCAAGUACUUUAG